AUGAUAAGAUUAGUUAAUAAUUAAUAAAUUUAACAAAGAAUGAGAAAAUAAGAAAUAAUAAUAAAAAGAAAAAGGAAAACAAAUCAAAUCAAAUCAAAUAAAUUAAAAGAUCUUUAAUGUUUUAAAUUAAAUUUUAUAAUUAAAAAUACUAGAAUUCAAAAAAAAUAAACUGCUUUUAUUUAGUGUAAGUUUUAAUAGCAAAAAACGAAGAAAAAAUAUCAAAUAGUAAAUAAUUAAAAAUUGGAAAGAAAAUUAAGUUAAAAUAGUUAAAAAAUUUAAUUUUUGUAAAAUCAAUCAACAAAUAAUGAUGAUAAUUUCUUUAAUAAAAAUUAUUUAUUUAAAUAAAUUGAAAAUUAAAUGUACAAAAAAUAUUAAAAAUAAUAAAAGUAAUUUUUUUAAUUAAUUAUACCUCAGAUCAAUAUGGAGAACCUAAUGAGAUAAAAGAGAAGAGCUUAAAAACUUUUUUUAUUAAUUAAUAUAAAUUUAAAGGAUGUUAAUAAAAAAAUAAAUAAUUACUUCUUCUAAUUUGUUAUAUUUUUUAAUCUAUUAUAUCAUUUAUUUAUUUUUUGA